AAACAAAAAACCAGGUUAACGAGGCUCACAUUGCAAGUCUGGAGUGGUUUUGCUCUCUAGAGAAACCCCUUUCUCCUAGAUGGGAAUAAAUACCUGAUGUUUGGAUGGGUCAGUAGGUCCAGAAGCAUCUGCCUGCUCUUCUGGCAGGCUGGCUCUUGCCUCGCUGGGGUUGGAAGAUCCUUUUCUGGGGUUUUUCAGCCCGCGUGCAGAAAGAGAUGAGCAGGUCUGCCAAACCAACCACUAAAUGUCACCCGGUGCCUUUGUAGCUCUGUUUUCUAUAACUUUGGGGUUGUGUUUCCUUUCCCACCUUUCCUGCCCUCCAAUUAGUUUAGUCGCAUCCCGGUUUCCAAAGGGACAAUCUGAGUGUCUCUUGGAAGUGACUUCUUGAAGAGAAGGAGUGAAGGAAGACCAAAUAGAUUUCUUGAGUUGUUUGGAACAUUUUCCGUCCUUUCCCCUCAAAGGGCUCAUUUCUAACCCUUUGUGUCCAAAGAGACUCCCAGGCUUUUUGGCACUUGCUUGCUCCACAGAGCAGAGAAACAGUGGUGUGCUCCAAACCUGGGCUGAAAAAACACUGGGCUUACAGAGAAAUUGGUAACAGGGAGCAGGUGGCGAUGCUGGAAUAGGUUUGGGUGGGGAGUGGCAGUGACCAAGGCUGGAAAACACCUUCCAAGUGCCUGAAGGGAGGAGGUAAGGGUGGAAAGGACCUGGUUUUGUUUUAUUUGCUAAGAAUCACAACUCUGACGAUCCUACUAGGAAUAUUCUGGGAGAUCGCAGAGUUAAAAGUGUCUUGUUUGGGAGACUUUAGUACCUUAGAAGAAUAUGGCUCAGCUUUGAGUAGAAAAGGCUUCUUGCUACUAUCAGAUGUUUCUUCCCUUGAUGUGAGCUCAUUUUCCCUGGCUUAAUUCAGCAGAAGCUACGUCAAGUUUCACUUUUGGGCUGGCCGGCACGUCGAACGCUCUAUUUUGCAAUCUUACUCUGCAUGCCGAGCGUUCGGAGGCUCGCGCUUCUCCUCGCAGACCUCUCACUUGGACAGGAGCUUGCAAAGCUGAGCUGGAGGAGUGAAAAACCUCAGAGAAAUCAGAUUUACUGACUGCUGGGUUGCCACCGUUCGAGCGAGGUGGUCCUCUCACCUCUCCUGCUAUGGCUGGGGAAAUUAUUUAUGCUGACCUGGAUGUUGGUCCCGCAAAACGCUGCAGGGAACAGCAUUCACUUCCUCAGCCCGACAGAUCGGGCUGUCCCCAGCGGUACCGAACUGCUCUCUGGGCCAGCUGUCUCGGAAACCUCCUCCUCGGAGUGGCGGUGUUAGCGAUGGGACUUUGGCUUUCAGUUUUCCACCAGCAGUUGGGGAACUCAGGAAGCCACAGAAACGUGAGCGGGAACGUAGGAGAUGGCAACACCACCCUGGAGAAAGGCUGCUUGGAGCUGAGGAAAAGUCUCUGCUUGUCACAGUUGCAAGAGGGUGAGGGGUGCAAGCUCUGCCCCACGGGCUGGAUGCUGCACGGGAGCAAGUGUUACUGGGUUACCGACAUGAUCAAGUCGUGGAGCAAGAGCCAGGACGACUGCAGGAAUCGGGGGGCCGAGCUGGUGAUGCCGGGGGACCAGGAAGAGCUGGCUUUCCUAAACAAAAUCCUGCAGAAACCCAAACGCUACUUCUGGAUCGGCCUCUCCAUCCCCUCCGCCGGGAAGGGCUGGACCUGGCUGAACGGCUCCCGCCUGGACCAGAGCCGGUUCCCGUUGAGCCCCUGGGAUGAAGGCAGAAGGUGCGGGGUGCUGAGGGGGGACAGGAUCAUCUCCGAAAACUGCAGCUCGGGAUUGCAGGGGAUCUGCCAGAAAGAAGCCACCCAGCUCUGA